AUGUCAUGUCUGUGGCUGCUCUUCGCCUCAACUGUUGCUCUUCGGUUCUAUGGACGCAUGCGUGGACCUGGACUCGCACUGGAUGACAUCUUCGCCGGUGUUGCGCUGCUCUUGUCGACAAGUACUAUCGGCCUGAAUGCCUACGUCUUCACGAUUGGCGUUGGUUACGACCUAGAUCCUACCUCUGACAAAUUUCCCAAGCUGAUGAACAACCUCCCGGUCGUCAUGCAGAUAACCUUUUCCUUCACUUUGAUCUACAUCUGGUGUCUUGCGGCUCUCAAGCUAUCUCAACUAGCCCUCUACCACCGCGUCUUCCAACUGCAACUGCGCCUUGCAGUCUACAUUACUGCCGGCAUAGUCAUUGCAUGGGCUGUCAUCUUCAACUUCGUCUUUAUCUUCCUCUGCGACCCCAUCUCCCAACAAUGGACCCUUCAACGAGUUGGACACUGCAUGGAUCAGAUCUUGUUGCUCAAGUGUCUGAUUCUGACAAACAUGGCGACCGAUCUCAUGAUCGUAGUCAUCCCAAUCCAUUGUGUAUGGCAGUUGCAGAUGCGAAAGACGGAAAAGUUUGCCGUCUUGGCUUGUUUCGGUCUAGGUCUCGCUUGCGUGGUUAUCAGUAUUGCGCGUUUCGUUCUCAUCUUCACCGUCGAUCUCAUUAACAACCUCACUGGUACAUCGGGUACCACAUUCAUGCUUUGCACCGUCGAGCUCAUGCUUGCUGGUCUCUGUAUCAACAUUCCCAUGUUGCGCCCCUUCUAUCUCCAGUGGCGCAAAACGUACAAGAGCCAAUCAGGAAGCCACAACCUCAGUGCGAUCAAGCGGUCGAACACUGGUGGACUGGGGUCGCACCAGCAACCAAGGCCUGGGCACUACACCCAGUGGAUGGAGUUGCACGACAAGGAUCAAACAAACAUCACCGUCACAGGCGACGAUGCCAGCUCGGAACGAAAACUCACCGCGCCAGAGCCACUGCCUUUCGACGCGAUACAAAUAACCAAGGAUUUCAAGAUCAACCGAACCUAA